UCAGGGUUGACAAGUAUGGUUUACGCGCCGUCUUCGUUUAAAUGACAACAUCCGGAAGGAAAACACUUUGAAUGGCAUUGUGAGCGUGAGUGAAAUUGGUAAUAAUAUGUUAGAAAGGAGCUGACUUUUGAAGUCAGCAAGGCGGCGGUUGCCAAGGUUUCAGUGCACGCGCGUGCCAGCGUACGCGCGCCACUCUCCAUUGGCAGACAUGGCGGGAGACCUGCAGCCGCACUGGCUCGGCGGGCUGCCGUCGUCCUGGACUUACGGCGUCACUCGGGACGGACGCGUCUUCUUCGUCAGCGAGGAAGCCAAGAGUACAAGCUGGCUACAUCCGCUGAGUGGACAGGCGGUCAUUACCGGACACAGGAACUCUGCAGAUCUACCCACUGGAUGGGAAGAAGGAUACACGUUUGAGGGCGCACGAUGCUUCAUUAACCACAAUGAGCGAAAGGUGACUUGCAAGCAUCCCAUCUCAGGCUCACCCUCACAAGACAACUGCAUCUUUGUCAUCAACGAACAAUCUGCCAGCAAAGUAGCAGUGAAUGAGAAGAAGCAGCAGCAGCCGAGCAGCACCAUGAGUGAGACCUCCAACAACGCAGGCGGCUCGGACUGCGCCGCCGACCGAGCCAGCCCCGCCGUGAGAGCACCAAGACCUGCUAAAAAACUCCAUAAUUUUGGGAAGAGAUCCAACUCCAUCAGGAGGAAUCCCGGUGCUCCAGUUAUUAGGAAGAACUGGCUUUAUAAGCAGGACAGUACGGGGAUGAAAUUGUGGAAGAAGCGCUGGUUUGUGCUGUCUGAUUUGUGCCUCUUCUACUACAGAGAUGAAAAAGAGGAGGGGAUCCUUGGCAGCAUCCUCCUACCAAGCUUCCAUAUAUCCAUGCUGUCUGUGGAGGAUAAUAUCAACAGGAAGUAUGCCUUCAAGGCGACACAUCCCAACAUGCGAACAUACUACUUUUGCACUGACACGGCCAAAGAGAUGGAGUCCUGGAUGAAAGUGAUGACCGAUGCUGCUCUUGUCCACUCAGAGCCCGUCAAAAGGUUGGACAAGUUAAAAGUGGAACAGUGUGGAGCGCAGGAGGUCAAUCACACGGCCCAUCACAGGCCAACUUUGACACAGCCUGAAAUUGAGAACAACGAGCGCAACCGUGAAGCGGACCGCCAGCACGCCACAGACGAGGACAGGAAGCAGCUGGACGCUGAGCGCUACGGCUUCCAGAAGGACGGUGGCGCCCGUGAUCGCCCCCUCACCAAGAUCAACAGUAUCAAACUGCAGCCUGCCCAAGCAGCUGCUGUCACCCUCAAAAUUGCAACACCGAGGAGCCCGCCUGAGACAGACGGCUCACACCUAAGCCCGCAGGUCAACGGAGCGGGGGAGGCAGGUCCGUCUGACGGCGAUGGCGUCCCCCAUCAGCCAAGUCCCAACUACGAGCCGGACCGGACCCUGAGUCGGACCAACUCUAUGCAGCAGCUGGAGCAAUGGGUUCGCUCCCAGAGAGGACGCAGCCAGGACGACGACACCAGGAGCAUCACAUCCUAUCAGACGCUCCCCAGAAACAUGCCAAACCACCGGAUGCCCUACGGGCCUCAUGUGGGCGACGGGUACCGCAGCAUGCCCAGAAACAGCAUGGCACAGCGGGACAGCAUCUGCAGUAUCUCGCCCUCUUUGUACGAGCAAGUCCUGGGUCCGCCCGUGGCUGAGAAACGCCGCUCCGUGCGCACCGAUACCAUGUGGCAGCUGUACGAGUGGCAGCAACGGCAAGCCUACGCCAGGCCGCCGGGGAACUACGGCCAUUUGGCAAGCCCCAAGACCAUGAUCAACCUUUCAGAGCAUGCAGCGCCGAGCUACUCCAUCCCGCCUUCGCCCUCGCAUGGAUCCCUAUCUCUGUACGGCGGCUACUCUCAGGCACGAUCCUACAACGUGAGCAGCGCCCGCUCGGAGAUCGCUUCUCCUCUCUACCAAAGAGACAUGAGUAUUGACCGGCGGCAGAGGCAACCCAUGCACAAGUAUGUCUACCCACCCGAUAGAAGGUCCAUGCCCAUAGGGAUUCCAGUCCAGACUGUCACUGCCCAGUCUCUCCAAAGAAAAACACCCGAGGAACUGACUUUGCUCCUGAUAAAGCUGCGGCGGCAGCAGGCAGAGUUUAACAGUAUCCGGGAGUGCACGCUAUCACAGCUUACGCGACUAAACGUGGAUGGUGACAACCCAAAGAGUGAUGAUCUGUCUAAUCACCUCCAAAGGACUCUCUUGUAUUUGGACUCACAGAUGAAGGAACAUGACCCUUUAAUCGUCAUGACUCACUCUUUGAUUGAGAGCUCGGCCCCCAAGCCUCAACUUUGCCAGCAACUCAGUCCUGAAGAACACCCUUACAUGCCGGAGGAGGCCGACAUCGAUGACAAGCUGAGCCAAUUGUGUGAGCAGGAUAAAGUCGUGAGGUCACACGAGGACAAACUUCAGCAGCUGUACAGAGAGAAGCACACACUGGAGACGGUGCUGCUGUCAGCCAGCCAGGAAGUAGAAUUGGGCGCGGAUGACCCGGCUGCCAUGCAGAGUGUCAUCCAGCAGAGAGACUUGCUGCAGAGCGGCUUGCUCAGCACCUGCAGAGAGCUUUCCCGAGUCACGGCUGAGUUGGAGCGGUCGUGGAUGGAGUAUGAUCAAAUAGAAGGAGCUGUGAGUCUGGCCAAGAUCAACCUGCUGGAGCAGCUCGAAAUGCUGGGAAGUCCACAGACGGAACCUCCCAGCCAACAGCACGUCAACAUUCAGAAGGAGCUGUGGCGGAUCCAAGACGUGAUGGAGGCCCUCAAUAAACAUAAGGACCAGAGAAGUUUUGACGGCAUGUACGGACCCAACUUCAGCAAGCAGAAAACCGAGGAGGAGGACUCGGUGCCCCCACGGCCACCUUUACCUCAGGCCUACGAUCCCGACCCCCCCGCUGUGCCCCCUCAUACUGGAGUUGGCUCAGCAUCCCUCCAAAGAACGGAGGACAGGAAGACUAAUCAGAGGAAUGGCACACACGGCGGGCCCGACUACCGACUGUACAAAAGUGAACCAGAGCUCACCACAGUAGCUGAAGUGGACGAGAGCAAUGGUGAAGACCGCUCUGAACACCCCGCUGACCACCCUGCUAACAAAGGCAUAUCCUACCCAGUAGGCGUAGUUCCACCUAGAACCAAAUCCCCAGUGACUGAAUCCUCCUCCAUUGCUUCCUAUGUUACCUUAAGGAAGAGUAAAAAGCCUGACUCCAGAACGGAGCGUCCGCAUAGCGCCGCCGAGCAUCAGCUGUGCGCCCUGGAGAGCGGUCGGCCCAGGAUGAGCGUGGAAGAGCAGCUGGAGAGGAUUCGCCGCCACCAGCAGGGAGCCCUCAGGGACAAGAAAAAGGGUCUCCGUGUCCGGGGGAGCAGCGAGGAGAACGCCUUGUCUCGCAGUAACUCUUUCACGAAAGAAAACCAGCUGCGCAACACACAGCAGCAGUCCCAACUGAGGCGCAGGGAGGAGGUGAUGAGUACUGACAUUCUGGAAUUGGAGGCCUCGCUCAGGCAGCAGGAGCUGGUGAGGGAGCAGGAGACCCCUGCCGAGGAGAUUGCACGUCUGAAAGAAGCCUCCAACUCUUUCAAUGUGGACAGAGAACUGUCUGUGCCUGACAAAGUUCUGAUACCGGAACGUUACGUGGAGUCCGACCCAGAGGAGGCGCUGAGUCCGGAGCAGCAGGCUGACAAGCAGAGGAAGGUUGACCGCAUCAAAGCCCUCAUAGCUAGAAACAGCAUGCAGAAUGUGAUCCCAAACGUUGCUUUAAGCCCAGUGGAGACGGAAGAGAUGGUUGCCAUGCAAGAAAAGGAGAAGAUAAUUAAUAUCUCUUAUGAGUUGGCAGCAGAAGCCUCCAAACGCAGCAAGCUGGUUGCAGUGAAAAGCCCGUCGUCAUCCUCCCCAACCCCUCCGCCGUCUCCUAACACCCACCCUCAGCUCGCUGACGGGUCUCACUUCAUGUGUGUGUAGUAGCACCACACAAGCCCUGGCCUCGGUCAAAACCUACACAUGAAGGAGCGGAGCCAAGGCCAUCUCGUCUCCGAGGUCCUGACCGGCCUUGUGUGAUCACUGUGACGUUUGAAGUAUCUUUAUCUCUUGUUUUUACCUUAAUUUUAAAUUAUUUUAACAGGCUCGUCUUGUAACUUUCCGUUAUUUUAACAUUCAUAUUUAACCAUUUCUUGCGCCGCAAGAUGAGCGGAGGAGAAUUACCGUAUUUCCUUGAAUUGCCGCCGGGGCACUAAUUAAUUUAAAACCUCUUCUCACUCCGGCGCUUACCAAAGGCAUGUGGUAAAUUUAGGCCUGCGCUUAUAAAUUUGAGUGUGAUGUAAGGAUAACAUCAUGAAAAGCACAUUUAAUAAAAAAAAACGUUAUUAUGGUCUUACCUUUACUUAUAAAUGAAGUCCAUGUGCAGCUCCUUCUGAUCAAAAGCAUCGAUAACUUGUUUAUAGAAGUCUUCCUUAUUUUUCUUCAGUUUUAAAAGUCUCUCUGUCUCGAUGGAGAUCUUCCUUUAUUACCUCCUGCUUCGAUUGAAAGUCCAGUUUAGAAAACAUUUAUUUUAGAUAUGUAAUCCUCCAUGUUAAAAGUGCAAGCGAGAGGAAAAAAUAAACGAUCGCUGCUCACUCUUGCUGCUUGUUGUCACUUCUUCUGCAGCCGAGUAGUCGCAAGAAGGAUCACUAGCGCCCUCUACCACCAGGAGGCGGGAGUUAUUUAAUGACUCAUAUUUGACACACGCAGCUACGGUAUAUUAAUAAAACAUAGCUGCUUACUGUUCUUUUUAGCAUAUUCAAUAGCUUGGACCUUAAAUCCUACUGAAUAGCUCUUAAUCUUCUUCCCUUUAUGCGAUUUCAAAUGAUUGAAAUCAGCCUCCUCCAUUUUGAAAAUGAUGACAGGUGAAGUGUCACUCAUGACGUGACGAGUUUGACCCGGUGGAAAUUCUAGACGUGCUAAUAAAAAUGAUAUUUUGCGAAAGGAGUUUGACCCGGCAGUAAUUCUAGGCAGGCACAUACGAUAUACCCGGCAGCUAUUCAAGGAAAUACGGUAACUACUUCUUUCUUAAAGGGGAACAUUAUCACCAAACCUAUGUAAGCGUCAAUAUAUACCUUGAUGUUGCAGAAAAAAGACAAUGUAUUUUUUUAACCGAUUUCCGAACUCUAAAUGGGUGAAUUUUGGCAAUUUAAACGCCUUUCUGUUUAUCGGUCUUUUAGCGAUGACGUCAGACGUCAUUUUCACAUUCUCAGUUCUGUUAUUUUCCGUUUUUUCGACUAUUUUUGGCAACUUUGGAGACAUCAUGCCUCGUCGGUGUGUUGUCGGAGGGUGUAACAACACUAACAGGGAGGGAUUCAAGUUGCACCACUGGCAAGAAAUCUUCCGCCAGACCCCCAUUGAAUGUGCCAGAGUGUCUCCACAUUUGACCGGCGAUGCUAAGACAGACAUGGCACAGAGAUGUAUGGAUAACCUGCAGAUGCAUUUGCAACAAUUAAGUCAACGAAAUCACAAAGGUGAGUUUUGUUGAUGUUGUUGACUUAUGUGCUAAUCAGACAUAUUUGGUCGCAGCAUGACUGCCAGCUAAUCGAUGCUAACAUGCUACGCUAAUCAAUGUUAACAUGCUAUUUACGCUAGCUGUAUGUACAUUUGAAACUAGAUACCCACAUUUAAUGCGAAACAAACACUUACCAAUCGAUGGAUUUAAGUUGCUCCAGUGUCUCAAGAUGCGAAAGUCCUGAUCGUUUGGUCCGCACAUUUUACCGGCGAUGCUAAUAAGGCAGCCAUGCUAUGGGCCACUUCAUUAGGUACACCCACGCUAUGGCCGAAUAGCGUCAAUAGCCAUUCGCUCAAUAGCUUCAAUUUCUUCUUCAAUUUCGUUUUCGCUAUCUGCCUCCAUACUCCGACCAUCUGUUUCAAUACAUGCGUAAUCUGUUGAAUCGCUUAAACCGCUGAAAUCCGAGUCUGAAUCCGAGCUAAUGUCGCUAUAUCUUGCUGUGGUAACCGCCAUGUUGUUUGUAUUGAAGUCACAGGGAAAUGGACAGUGGUUUCGAAGAUAGCGAAAAUAAGGCACUUUAAAGCUUUAUUUAGGGAUAUUCCGGGACCGGUAAAAUUUUGAAAAAAACUUCAAAAAAUACAACAAGCCACUGGGAACUGAUUUUUAUUGUUUUUAACCCUUUUGAAAUUGUGAUAAUGUUCCCCUUUAAGGAAGGACGAACCCCACUUUGGAACUGCAGAUACAAAAAAAACACAUCAAUUUCUCUUCUUUCUUGGUUGUAAUUAUUUUAAAUGAAUGUUCCGGCUUGAGUCGCUCUCCACUUUCGGUUUGUUGAAUGGCUGGGAGAGAUAUUUAAGUUGAGAGAUAAAGAAAUAUAUGUAUGCGUUUGAAUCUAUUUUAUGACAUUUUUGAAGGCGUCGAGCUAGCAGAGGAUAUUAGCACAUGUUAAAAAGAAAAGCAAUAAGUACCUAAAGCGUUGGUGGACCCGGGUUGUGUGUACAAAGUGUAAUUAAGAGGCGUACUAUGUAUAUAACCUUCUUGCUUCAGCCGGACGGGAGCAUGUUUUACAAAAUGUGGUUGCAUACUAAUUUUUAAUUUACAAAUGUUAUAAUCCCAUCUGUUUUCUAUCAUAGUGAAUAAAUGUUUUUGUUCUUUUACAA